AUGCGACGAAUUGUAAAGUGUUCCCUCGUUCAGAACGCCUCGCAGCUCAUCCACCAGGUGCUCCAUGAUGCGUUUCUGGCCGCCGACCUCGGCAACUACACGGAAGCCGUCAACCAGCUCGACAAACCGCCCGCGUGGCAAAGUGAGUGUACAAACAUUUUCAUGCACUGGCAAACGCCGCGACGGAACCAUUCACAUCUGGAAGUGAUUGAUCAGUUUGAUUGGUUUCCGCAAAGUGGCGGCGAGAAGAAGCCAGCUAGCACCAAUAAAAAAUUGUACGAACUGAUCGGAAAAAAGAGAGAAAAACGGAAAAAAAGUAGAAGAGAAGUAGCAACUUUGCGAGCUUGACCAUCGGUUUAUCUCUUGAAAGUUUCCAAAAACGCAACGAUCGAGGGCCACCUCAACGUCGUUCAUUCCAGACGAUAUAUCUCUUCUGUCAGUGAAGUUAUCAAAAAAUGGUCAACUAAUAAAAUUUGCAUAAUGUUUCAAUGAGUAAUAAAGAUCAGUUGGCAACUUUUUCAUAUCACCCCCGGCAGAGAAGAUAUAUUGUCCUGGCUGAAUGGUAUUCAGGUGCCCUGCUAUUGUCGUAAACCAUUCCACUUUCCUCCGGGAUUUCUCUUUAAAAAAGUGACGUGCUGUCUGUUGAUCCCUACAAAAAUAUGCCUGAUGUACAAUUUCUACUUUGCAGCGUGGGGAAUCGGUUUCGCAAUCGUCUCCGGAUGCAGCUUCUCGGCUCCACUCGGAAUCCUCCUUCUGCCUUGUCUCUCAAAGUCGCUAUACGAGCGAAUAAUGACGUUCCUGGUGGCCGUCGGAAUUGGCGCGCUCUCCGGUUCCACCAUAUUCAUCAUGCUACCGCAGGCAUUCCAUCUGACUUCGUUCGAACAUUUCGAAUAUCACACAAAGUCCUUGAUAAUUCUCUGCGCUCUCUACGCCUUCUUCACUGUUGACCGAAUGUUACAGUACAUACUGGAGUUUCGGUGAGAAGAUAGAUACGAAUCGAAGAUGAAACGAUGAACUUUUUCAGGAGACGUCGACAGACUAAACGGAGGAUUCACGCGUCCACGAUCGCUUCGCUGAUGAACACUCCGAAUGUGAAACGGAGAGAAAAUGGACAUAAUAUCACGGAAGAGACGAUAAUGCCGUCGGAACCUCCGUCCAUAACACUUCGAGUUCCGGACCUUCCUCACCACCGUUAUCGGCGCGAAUCUGAGCUGUCAGAGGUGGAAAGAACAGAAAUGCAAGAGAAGGAGAUUGCUGAACUGGCGAAUGACCUAGAAAUGGCAUUAACGAACAACGUGCUGGCGAGAACUGUGAGUCAGAAAUGGAGUGAAAACACAAAACUACGACUUUGAAUGAAUGUUUUCAGUUUUCCACUCGACGCCGUGUUGCAGUAGUCAGCGGAGGUCUCGAUGACAUUGAAUUCCGUAGUCCGAAGAACUCUCACCAUACGAACGGAACCGCCUCGCAGUUUCUGGACGUCGUCAACAAUGAGUUCCACCGACGGAUGACGCCACUGUCCUCCCGACCCAGCAGUCCAGUUGCCAUCAGCAUCGACGACGCGAAAGAAUCGUACGAGAUGAAGCCGAAGUCUGAGAAGCAAGGAGCUCCGUCGACGGACGACAGUGAUCGGAUGUCCGUUUCGAUCCGAGUCGUCGAGAAGAAAGUGAUCGAACCGGCGGCGAUGGAAGUCGCUUCAGUCGCCUACAUGAUCAUCUUCGGCUCUUCGGCCAACAAUUUCGUCGACGGAAUGAGCAUGGGCGCCGCUUUCUCAGACAACUUGCUCCGCGGUCUCAGCAUCGGCAUCGCGGUAAUCUCUCAGCAGUUCCCGCAAGAACUCGGAACCCUCGCCAUUCUUGUCAAGUCCGGACUCGGACUCAAAAAGACUCUUCUGUUCAAUAUGGUGCCCAUUGUGCUCAGCUUCUUGGGUUUCUCGAUUGGAGUGAUGUUGGACAGUGUCGACGAUUCGUAUGACGAAUACAUUUUCGCAGUCUCGUCCGGAAUGUACAUGUACAUUUUCCUAGGAACUUUGGUGAGUUUUUUGGAAACAAUCUCAAUAAACUCUUGACAUUCAGAUACCGGAAAUCCGCGAAUCGACGAACGAGCUCAUUAAAGAGAACCUCGCGGAGAGCGUCCUGGUUUCGAUCCUCCAAGCUUGCGGAAUCCUCUUCGGAACCACUUUCAUGUACUUUAUGAGUCGGGUGAACUCUGUCGACUUCUGA